AUGCUAAUCAUCAACAACACAUUCUACGGUUGCAUCGCGGGGGGUAGUGCUCACUUGGGUUUCGCUUGGGGAAAUCUUUGCGUGGAUAUCCCCGAUUGCGUUUUGCUGGGGGAUUUUUACAUGAACGUCACGGCCACGACGCUUUGCUGCAAUGAACUUGGAGGGAAGAUGUUCAGCGCAAACAGCUCGUAUGGAUGCGCUUUUGUUCAGAAUCAAUUUCCCGCUACAAUACAAUCAGUAGAAGCUUGGAGGCAUUGCAGUACUGCGCCUUAUGAAUGCGAGAUACCAUCACCCUCUUCAAACUACACUGGUCUGUCGCCGGGAGAUAUCAGUAGAGGUGUUGGCACGAGCGGAAGUGGUGUUGGAGGCAGCCUGAUGAUUGGGAUGCUUGUGUUGGGAGUGAUGGCUCAGAUGGCGCUUACCACAUGA